UGCUUUGCAAGCCUAAAUCGCGGUCCUGGCGGCCUGCUACAAAAGGGGGUCAAUUAUGAUUAGCCUCAGGAUAGAGAGAUUGCACAUCCUGACCCCACAGUCGGCCCACAGCCAAUACAGUAGACGCCGAGAAGCGAAUCGUUUCCUCUGAGGAUUUGACGCUGCGUUCGUUUAUUAUUAUAAAGUAGUGUGUCAUGGCGAGAUAUCAGUUGUAUGUCCUGAUAGUUUCGGUCUUCACUAUUACAACUGUCUUCGUCAUAACAACAGACAACAAUCGCUACUUCAACGCCAUGUUAAAUCCAGACGUCAGACCAGUCUCCAGCAGAUUCUUACUAUCUAAAGACGCUCCUGUUAAACUUAAGGGGAAAACAGUGAGAUCAUCAGAUAAUGACACUCUGCUACCCUAUUCGAAAUCCGAGGAGUGGCGUCGCCUUGUGAAAGGCUGUCAAUUCGUCAAGUUUGCUGACACCGAAACUUUCCCCGCACAUAAAAACUCGUCGGUGACCGCCGGAUCCGACACCAAGUACUUCGUGGACAAACUGCUGGAUUCUCGGGGAAACGCUAAGGACGUUUGGGGGCAUAGUGUCGUGAUCAACAAUCCGCUGAGUACUUUUUCGGUCGUGGAGCCAGGUGGGCCGAACGGCUGUGUUGAACGAAGACUCAGUCCUGCCGUGAAGACCUCCCGGCUACGCGGCUGUCAUGCAGCGAUUAACGCGGGGUUCUUCGGUCACAAUCCGGGUCCCGAUUUGGGAGCUUGUAUGGGGAACGUUGUAACAGACGGGAAACGUAUACAAGAUACCGGUGGCGUUCAAAAUGCCAAUUUUGGUAUCAGAAAGGAUGGGACGAUUGUAGUUGGGUACCUGUCUGAGAUGGACGUAUUACAGGAAGACAACCCCUUUGUGCAACUGGUGACUGGAGUUAUCUGGUUGGUCAGGAAUGGGACUGUCUACGUGAAGGAGAGCAAAACUAAGGAUUGUGGAAGUUUACAGGAGUAUGGUACCAUGGACGAGUUUGUGGAUGUCCUGUCAGCUCGGACUGCAGUAGGACAUGACGUCCAUGGGAGGGUUGUCCUGGUGCAGAUAGAUGGAAACACUGAAGAAAGAGGGCUGAGUUUGUGGGAGUUUGCAGAAUUUCUGCUGACUCUGGGAGUGGUCAAUGCUGUCAACCUGGACGGAGGAGGUUCUGCCACACUAGUGUUGGAUGGAACUGUUGCUAACUACCCUGCAGAUCACUGUGCUAAUGACCAUAAUCAGACAUGGCACUGCAUGCGGGAAGUCUCCACCAUCCUGUGUGCUCAUGAUCCAGAAGAUCAGAUGACAUCAGACUGCAGAAUUGUGAAGACUUACACUUGCUUGAAAGUCACAGUUUUGUGUACAAUUCUGAGUUGGAUUCUGCAGUAACUCACAAGAAUACACACUGGUGCU